UUCCGGCGGAAGGAGAAGCCGGUUCCGAGUUCUGGUGGGCGGCAGGCAGACACGGGUUGUCUCUCUGGCGAUGUGAAGUUUGCUGAUCUGGAAAGGCUACUUCUUGUUCAAAGAAUGAUGGCAUUUAAGCCGGCACCAAAAAAGGAUUGGUACAGUAUUUUGGGUGCAGACCCAUAUGCAGAUGUGGCUGACCUAAAACAAAAAUAUCAAAAACUCGUAUUAAUGUAUCAUCCAGAUAAACAAAGUACAGAUGUGCCAGCAGGAACGGUGGAAGAACAUAUACAGAAGUUCAUCGAAAUUGAUCAGGCAUGGAAAAUUCUAGGGAAUGAAGAGACUAAAAAAGAGUAUGACCUGCAGCGGCAUGAUUAUGAGCUACAAAAUAUGGGACCAGUAGAUGCUCAAGUGUAUCUUGAAGAAAUGUCUUGGAAUGAAGAUGAUCGUUCUUUUUCGCUGAAUUGCCGGUGUGGUGGAAAAUAUACCAUCUCCAAAGAUGAAGCAGAAGAAGUUAGCCUGAUCUCUUGUGAUACAUGUUCACUAAUUAUAGAACUCCUUAACUAUGGCUAAACUUGUUCACUGCUCGGAAUCCUUUAACAGAAUAUUCAGACAUGAUAAGAAGCCUCUCAAACUUCAAGAAAAUGAAUUCUUAUUUCGGUCAACCAAGAAAAUACAAGAUCAAGCAAAGGCCACCUCAGACUAAAAUAGAAAAUGGCUUAUAUUUACUUGUAAUGUAGAUUUAUAGUUUGCCAC